AUGCCAGUACUGGAGGUGAUCUGCAGCCUGAUUGGCUGGUUCUGUCUCUACCUGCUGUUCUGCUGUAUCUUCGCUCAGCGGGGCCCCGAGUGGAACUGCCGGUUGGUCACUUUGUCCCACGGGGUCCUAAUAGUACUGCUGACAGCAUACGUCCUCUUCAUAGACGGACCCUUGCCUUUCACACAUGCAGGUACAGAAAACACUGAGCUCCAGACCUCAUGCCUGGCUGUCUGCCUCGGCUACUUCCUCUUUGACAUGGGCUGGUGUGUGUGCUACCACACCGAGGGCCCCGUCAUGCUGGCCCACCACACUGGGAGCAUCGUGGGCAUCCUGCUUGCUCUGCUCAUGGGAGUGUCCGGCUGCGAGACCUGCGGAGUCAUUUUUGGCAGCGAGAUCACCAACCCCCUGCUGCAGACCCGCUGGUUCCUCCGCCAGCUGGGCCGGUACGACAGCCUGCUGGGCGACGCAGUGGACCUGCUUUUUAUUUUAUUGUUCGCAACCGUGCGCGUGGGAGUCGGCACGGUGAUGUUUUACUGCGAGCUCACCUCUCCCAGGACCACGCUGAUAAUGAAGCUCGGCGGUGUGGCCAUGUACGGACUGGCCUGGGUGUUUAUGGUGGACAUAGCCAGAUUUGGCUACAAGAAAAGUAGGGCGAAGUACAAAAGGUGGCGCGAGAACCACAUACUGAAAGAAAUCAACGCACAAAAACUGGAUGGACAAAAGUAACUGAAGGAAUUCCUCUUUAAAGAUAAACUCAUCUGCCUACUUAUUCUUGCAGGGACAAAAGCUACAUAUUGUGGCAUCAAUAUAUCACAUAUCUGUUAGGGCUGGGAAUCACCAGAGGCCCCACGA